AUGAUCGAGUUGGACAUUCAGACGCUGGAAAAGGUGGAAUUUGGACGGACGCUCUUGGCGAAGCUCAGGUUCACGAGAAUCCUGCAGAUGCAAAUGCUCCUGAAUCUAGAGCACUCUCGACCGACCAUGAAGUCGCACAUUGACUACAACGUGCUAAAACAGCGUCACGUUGUAUUUGUCAAAAAACUGGAGGAGUUUGCGGUUGCAAGGCCAUUUUACGGAAUCAAUGGGAAGCUCGACAAAGUCCUACAGUGCUCCAAUGUCCUUUUGAGGACAAUUGAAAUGCCAUAG